CCCCGGGCUAGGGCCGCCGCGGCCCCGGCGCUCCGCGGGGCGGCUGCGCUGCCGCCCUCCGCCAGGCAAAAUGCCAGCCCCUGAGCAGACCCCGAUGGUGGAGGAGGGGCUGCCACAGACAACACAGGAGACUUCCACUGGCCCAGGCAUGGAACCAGAGACUACUGCCACUACCAUUUUAGCUUCUGUAAAGGAACAGGAGCUCCAAUUUCAAAGACUUACCAGAGAACUGGAGGUGGAAAGGCAAAUUGUGGCUAAUCAGCUAGAAAGAUGUAGGCUUGGAGCAGAAUCACCAAGUAUCGCCAGCACAAGCUCUACUGAGAAGUCAUUUCCUUGGAGAUCAUCAGAUCCUCCGCCCACUGGUGUAAACAAACCCCAAGUGUCAGAGAGUGUUCAUACCAAUGCCUAUAACAUUAGGACAGAACCAGAACAAGGGAAUCUCUACUCACCAGAGCAGACAUCUCUCCAUGAAAGUGAGGGAUCCGUUGGCAACUCAAGAAGUUCAACACAAAUGAAUUCUUAUUCUGACAGUGGUUACCAGGAAGUAAGCAGUUUCCAUAACAGCCAAAACUUGAGCAAGUCAGAAAGCAGACAGCAGCAUUCCCUGGUUGGAAACUCUAAUAACCAUUUGGUGAGGAGCUCACGAGCCGAGGGGCAGACAUCAGUCCAGCCUCCGGCCACCGUGGCGACCCACCGCGUCAUGCGACGUGUCAGCUCGGUGCCAUCCAGGGCGCAGUCUCCCUCCUACGCGGUCAGCUCGGGCGCGUCCCCGUCGCGCGGCUCGCUGCGCGCCCCGCAGGGCAGCGGGCAGGGCUCCCCCGCGGGCAGCAGCACCCUGCCCGCCCCGCGCCCCGCCGCGCCCCGCAACCCCCGCGCCGCCGCCGGCCCCGCGCAGUACCAGCCCGGCCCCCGCCUCGGCUCCCCUCUGGCCCUGAGCGAGGUGCAAGCCCGAGUGGCUUCUCCAUCCCAAACGCAGCUGGGCUCCUCUUCCCCGAAGCGUUCCGGCAUGACUGCGGUCCCACAGCACCUGGGAGCAACCCUGCAAAGAACUCUCCAUGAUAUCGAGCAGUAUGGACAGCAGUAUGAUAUCUAUGAGAGGAUGGUCCCUCCACGCCCAGACAGCCUCACAGGCCUGAGGAGUUCCUAUGCUAGUCAGCACAGCCAGCUGGGACAAGAGCUGCGAUCAGCCGUGUCUCCUGACCUGCACAUCACCCCCAUCUACGAAGGCAGAACUUACUACAGCCCCAUCUACCGGAGCCCGAACCACGGGACAGUGGAGCUCCACCAGGGGUCCCAGUCAGCCUUGUAUCGAACAGGGUCAGGAGUUGGCAAUCUGCAGAGAUCAGCCAGCCAGCGCAGCACCCUCACCUUCCAGAGGAACAACUUUGCUCUGGGCACGGCAGCCGCCUACGCGGAGCCGUUCCGGCCGUACCGCCUGGCAGAGCCCUACGGCAGGCUGCAGCCCCCCGACGAGCCCACCACCCGCUCUCCAUCCAUAGACAGCAUCCAGAAGGACCCCAGGGAGUUUGCUUGGCGAGAUCCAGAGCUGCCUGAAGUGAUCCACAUGCUGCAGCACCAGUUCCCCUCGGUGCAGGCGAACGCAGCUGCCUACCUGCAGCACCUCUGCUACGGGGACAACAAAGUGAAGACAGAGGUAUGUAGGCUUGGAGGAAUCAAGCACCUGGUUGAUCUCUUGGAUCACAGAGUUCUGGAAGUUCAGAAGAAUGCUUGUGGUGCACUGAGAAACCUUGUUUAUGGCAAGUCAACUGAUGAAAACAAAAUAGCAAUGAAGAAUGUUGGGGGGAUACCUGCCCUGUUACGGUUGUUGAGGAAAUCUGUCGAUGCCGAAGUAAAAGAGCUUGUGACAGGGGUUCUCUGGAACUUGUCUUCCUGCGAUGCAGUCAAGAUGACAAUCAUUAGAGAUGCUCUGUCAACCCUGACAAGCACUGUCAUCGUGCCACACUCUGGAUGGAACAGCUCUUCCUUUGAUGAUGAUCACAAAAUCAAAUUUCAGACGUCUCUAGUUCUACGCAAUACCACGGGGUGCCUGAGGAACCUCAGCUCGGCCGGGGAGGAAGCCCGGAAGCAGAUGAGGUCUUGCGAAGGGCUGGUGGAUUCCCUGCUCUACGUGAUCCACACCUGUGUGAACACAUCAGACUAUGACAGCAAGACAGUGGAAAACUGCGUGUGUACCUUGAGAAACCUUUCUUACCGUUUGGAACUGGAGGUACCUCAGGCACGUCUGCUGGGAAUCAAUGAAUUGGAUGACUUGUUAGGAAAAGAAUCACCUAGCAAAGACUCAGAGCCCAGCUGCUGGGGGAAAAAAAAGAAGAAGAAAAAAAAAACUUCACAGGAGGAUCAGUGGGAUGGAGUUGGCCCUAUACCAGGAUUCUCCAAGUCUCCCAAAGGGGUGGAAAUGCUGUGGCACCCAUCCGUGGUGAAGCCUUACCUCACACUUCUAGCUGAAAGCUCCAAUCCAGCUACUCUAGAGGGCUCUGCAGGAUCUCUCCAGAAUCUCUCUGCGGGUAACUGGAAGUUUGCAGCGUACAUUCGAGCUGCUGUAAGAAAAGAAAAAGGACUUCCCAUCCUGGUGGAGCUGCUGAGGAUGGAUAAUGACAGAGUUGUUUCAUCUGUGGCCACUGCCUUAAGGAACAUGGCAUUAGAUGUUCGGAAUAAGGAGCUUAUUGGCAAGUACGCGAUGCGGGACCUGGUGAACCGGCUGCCGGGCGGCGGCGCCGGCGUCUUGUCGGACGAGACGGUGGCCGCGAUCUGCUGCGCCCUGCACGAGGUCACCAGCAAGAACAUGGAGAACGCCAAGGCCCUGGCGGACACCGGCGGCAUCGAGAAGCUGGUGAACAUAACGAAAGGAAGGGGUGACAGGUCGUCACUGAAGGUUGUCAAGGCAGCUGCCCAGGUGCUGAACACGUUAUGGCAGUACCGAGAUCUCCGUAGCAUUUAUAAGAAGGAUGGAUGGAAUCAAAGUCAUUUUAUUACACCAGUAUCGACACUAGAGCGAGAGAGAUUCAAAUCACACCCUUCUCUAUCAACAGCAAAUCAGCAGAUGUCACCUGUCAUACAGUCAGUUGGCAGCACGUCCUCGUCCCCGGCUUUACUAGGGAUCAGGGAGCCCCGCUCCGAGUACGAGAGGACUCAGCCUUCCAUGCAGUAUUACAAUAGCCAAGGGGAGGUCAUUGCACACAAAGACAUAUAUACUGGUUCCAGCAAACCUUCACCAAUUUACAUCAGCUCCUAUUCCUCACCAGCAAGAGAGCAGAACAGGCGACUGCAGCAUCAGCAAUUGUACUACAGCCCAGAAGAUACCAACAGAAAAACCUACGAGGCGUACAGGCUGUACUUGCAGUCCCCGCACAGCUACGAGGACCCGUACUUCGAUGACCGAGUGCACUUCCCUGCUGCUUCCGAUUACACCACUCAGUAUGGACUGAAGUCAACCACGAAUUAUGUAGACUUUUAUUCCACCAGACGAUCUUCUUAUAGAGCAGAACAGUACCCGGGCUCUCCCGAUUCCUGGGUGUAACAUCAGAGAGAAGAAACACCAGUGCAUUUCUCAUCCUUGCUUGAGAAGGAACAGAACGGCCUCCUUUGUUGUGUUGGUUAUGAAAUGUGAAAGUGCAACGAGAGAAGGAACAAGGAAGAUUUUUUUAAUUUUUUUUUUUUUUUUUUGAGUGAGGGAUUGUCAGGAAGAAAAACUGGAAGGGAUGGUUUUUUUGCUCUGUUUAGAUGUUAGGUAUACUUACUUGUAGCUCCUGUAGUCUGGUGAGGGUGUGGGCGAUGUGAUGAAAGGUUUGAGAAUUGAGUAAAAUGAAUUUGGAAAGUGUGUAGGUCAGAGCAAAUUAAAGCUGAUUUAUUUUUUUUUUAUGUGAAUAAAAGUCUUGUUCUGAUAGUUUGUACAGAAAAAAUAAAAUGGAUGCCCUUGUUUUAUUGCUAUUACUAAAUGUCAAGAUUGUAUGCUAUUACGUCUUGUAAAUUUAUUUCGUUGGUGUAAAUAUGGAAAUGCCACGUUGGUUUAAAGUGCCAUUCAUUUGUAAUGCAGUGUGUCAUUUUAACACAAAUUGGAAACAUCAUGCACAAAAAAAAAAAAUAAUUCCAGUAAAAUGUUACAAAUUUUAAACAGAAAAAACCCACAAACUUUAAAACAUUUAAAAAUGAAUAGUGUAAUUUUGAAGCACAAAGUCCAGUCCAGUAUAUCUACACCUCCCCCAUUCCCUGCCUAUUUCAUGAGGAACUUCACUGCCAUUUUCUAUGCACAUGGAGUAACAAUAAAUAUGGAAGUCUCAUC